GGCCCUCCUGGGGAGUCCUGCCAGCUCACCUUGGUCAAAUCUCACACUGGCCUCUUUUCUUCCACCUGGAGACACGGCCCUGCCCGAUUCCAGGAAUCCCGGUCCGCCUCAGGGUCUCCAACCCUGUACUGUGGUAAAUCUAAUCUGAAGGAGGAGACAAAUUUUUUUUUUUUUUAAAUGAACUAGAAUAGAAUAGAAAAUGUCACACUCCAUCACACACAGUCAGAGUAAAUAUUAUCCGGUGAAACGUGUGUCUCAGAGAUAUUUUUACCUAGGUGUGUGUACUGGGUCACCAUGUCAGAUGUAUUUCUUACUAUAGGUCAAGGUGAAAAAUGUAAAAACCACAGAUCUGGUGGGUGUGCUGGGCGGAAGGGUGACCGGGGCAGAGCUUGCCCCUCUCAGAGCUCGGAGGUGGGAGACCCAUGUCAGUCCCAGCUCUGUCUGUGACUAUGUGGGGAUGUCCCUCCAUUUCCCAGGAACACCCUCAACUUACCCAUCUGUGAAAUGGGGAUUGGGACACCUCCACCCCAGGGCUGCCUGGCAUCCUCAGCUGGGGGCAGCUCUGACCUCUGGGAGUGGGGGAGGGGAGAGAGGACUUCAGGAGGCCCUGGGGCCACUCUCUCACCGCCCCUUCGUCAGGCCUCCAGGCCCAAAGUCAGCAUCCCUCUGUCGGCCAUCAUCGAGGUCCGUACCACCAUGCCCCUGGAGAUGCCAGAGAAGGACAACACAUUCGUGCUCAAGGUGAGCCUCACCCCGACCCCGAAGACCCCUCGUGGGGCCCUGGAGUGUGGGAACCCGCCCGGCCCCACCAAUGGCACAAAGGCCCUGAGGGUGGCCAGGGAGGCACCCCAAGGGGCCCAGGCGAGCCAGACAGAGCAGAUGCUGGCCGCGGGACAGUCAGCCUCUGCCUGGCUCUGUGAGCAGACCACGGUCGGAGUCAAGAGUCCCGCGGCCAGACACGGUUGGGCUUUCUUGCCUCACAGGGACAGCGAGGAAGACGCGGAGCCCUCCUGUGCCCGGGGAGGCUGUCUGGCCAGCCGCGUGGCCUCCUGCAGCUGUGAGCUCCUGACGGAGGCAGUGGACCUGCCCCGGCCCCCAGAGACAACGGCAGCCGUGGUGACAGCCCCACACAGCCGCUCUCGAGAGGCUGUCGGAGAAUCCCUGGUCCACGUCCCGUUGGAGACCUUCCUGGAGACCCUGGAGUCCCCGGGCGGCAGCGGCAGCAACAACACAGCGGAGGAGACAGCAGAGCCAGAGGCCCAGGCCGAGGCCGAGCUGGAGCUCUCCGACUACCCCUGGUUCCACGGGACGCUGUCGCGGGUCAAGGCAGCUCAGCUGGUGCUGGCAGGUGGGCCCCGGAACCACGGCCUCUUUGUGAUCCGCCAAAGUGAGACCCGGCCCGGGGAGUACGUGCUGACCUUCAACUUCCAGGGCAAGGCCAAGCACCUGCGCCUGUCCUUGAACGGCCACGGGCAGUGCCACGUGCAACACCUGUGGUUCCAGUCUGUGCUCGACAUGCUCCGCCACUUCCACACCCACCCCAUCCCGCUGGAGUCCGGGGGCUCUGCCGACAUCACCCUCCGUAGCUAUGUGCGGGCCCAGGGCCCCCCGCCUGGUAAGACUCCCCUAACCCCGCCCAGGCAGACAGAUGGGUGGGCAGUGGGAGAGGACGUCACCCUGCUAGCCCCCGCGGGAAGUGCACCAGCCAGGUCUGGUACCUGUUGUAAGCCACCUGGACCAACCGGAUGGGCGGGAAAGAGACUGCCCCAGCGGAUCCGUGUCGGGAGUAAAUUCCUGGCGGGCGGAAGGGGGCGCCCGCGGGCAUCCCGGAAGUGGGUGGAGUCCCUUAGAUCCCGCACGGGUGGGGCUGAGCGCCGAGCUGGUAAAGAAGGCAGCCUGGGAGAGGUGAGUGAAGGUGCGGGGCACGCGGAUUCCGCGUUGGUGUGUCCGCCGCACCUAUGGAAAAUGCAAAAUGUCACCCAUUCCUGGGGCGCUGGCUCCUGCCUGCACGCUGGUGGUAGAACCAAUACUCCUUCUACUAGGCGGGCUCGCCGGCGCCAAGGCCCUGGGGCCACCGGACCCGCCCCCCGACCACGGUCGAUGGCCCACAGGCGUCCAACGCUGGACCCUGCCGGCCCCGCCCCGCCCCGCCCGGCGCUGGGUGGGAAAAGCGAAGCUCUUCAGUGA